AUGUUGCGUCUCGCGGUUGCGGUUUUGUCAUUUCUGUUCUGCACUUCAUUUGGAUACUUUGUGACUAUAGACGCUAAUGCAGAGCAGUGCUUCUUUGAUAGGGCCUUACCUGGUGAUAGGCUUACCCUCUUCUUCGAAGUUUCCGAGGGUGGAUUCUACGACAUUAAUGUCAAGUUGACCGCACCAGAUGGAUCUACUUUGUACCAAAUCGAGAAGGAAUCCAGUGGUCAUUACUCCUUUACUGCCAACGCCGAAGGGAAAUACACCUACUGUUUUAAUAAUAAAAUGAGCACUGUUACACCAAAGACUGUGCUUUUUGCACUUGAAAAGGGCAGUCAAAAAAUAGGAAAGGAGGAGGGCAUAGCGCCUGAACAAGGCAAACUUAUUGAUAUGGUGAAUGAACUCUCGAAUGCUGUUCUCAAUGCCAAGCAUGAGAUGGAGUAUUUGGAGGUUCGUGAAAAUCUUCAUCGUGCAAUUAAUGAGAACACAAACUCGCGUGUUGUGAUGUGGGCUGCCUUUGAGGCUGUCAUAAUUGUUGGAAUGAGCUUGGGUCAAGUCUACUAUCUAAAGCGAUUCUUUGAGGUUCGUCGUAUGGUAUAG